UGACUAAAUGCCAAGACAUGGUUGAAAUAAGUUAUGAUUAAUUGCUAUCAAUUCUUGAUAUCGUUGGUGGAUUAAUCCGAAUUAAGCUAUUCAGUAUGUCUUCACAUCUAUGACCAGUAACUGGCAGCUAGAUUCGGUAUCAAACGGGAUAUACUGAAUAUUCCAGGCUUGUUUACUAUACUGAUACGGAUGUUUUUAAUACAUUUUACUUUUGUGUGUUCACACAGGAUCAAAUAUUCUUGCGAUGAAGAUGUUGCCAUUGGAAUACACUCGGCUGGUCUUCGUGCUAAGUGCAGUGGUUUUAGUCCAUUCAUUAAAAUCACCAGAAAUAAGGCUUGAUUCACAAAAAGAAGCAGCAUUAGGAAGCAGUGUUACAAUCGACUGCGUCGCUGAGGGAGAUCCAAGACCAACAGUCAAACUGUACAGAAAUGGAGUAUUCAUAGUAGGACAAGAAGCAGCUACUUUCCCGCCAUUCUUGCCUAAUUAUGGAGGGGCCAGAUACACUUUUACCGCUGUCCAAGGGUCUGGCGGACCUUAUGAGUGUCGCGCAACCAAUGGAAUAGCGGACUCAAAUGGAAACACUGUUAUUUCAAAAGUUAUGAAUAUUAUUAUAACAGGUCUCUCCAGCACAACCACAACGAAACCACCAACAACAACACCACCAUCGACAACAACAACAUCACCACCGACACCACCACCGACACCACCACCGACACCACCACCGACACCACCAACACAACCGCCAACACCACCACCGACAACACCACCAACACAAACUGCUAAUGCAGCAUCACCAAUAACAAUACAAACCACGACAAACCUUCAGGAUCUUCAUUCAAAUGGAAAGGCUGUCAAUAGAGCAUCCAACCAAAGACCAGGAUCAUCUUACCAAGAUAGCCAAUACGAACAGAUACCACCUACCUACGAGACGAUACAGAACGCAAAAGGGCUAAGGGCGAAUGGACCCCACAAGACAAACAAUCCUCGCAGAGAGCCGAAGAUGAUACCGAACGCAAACCAGCCACCCUUGCCCCAACGAAAUAAAAACAAACACAUCAAAGAAGGGCGAACCGCGAAUGCGCCCAACAAGGCAAGCAACCCACCUAGAGCACCGCCGAAACUGAUACAAAAUGCAAGGCCGCCAUUCAAUCAUAACAACAAACGCAUUAACGAAGGACAAAGGGCGAAUGGACCCCAAAUAGCAAGCAGUCCACGCAGAGAGCCGAAGUUGAUACCGAACGCGAACCCAAUGCCCUUGCCCCAACAAAGUAAUAACAGUAAAAUGAAUUAUGGACGGCCCGCGAAUGCACCCCAUAUGGCAAGCAAUCCACGCAGAGAACCAAAACUGAUACAAAAUGCAAGCCCGCCGCCUAAUUAUUAUAACAAAAACAUCUAUGAAGGACGAAGGGCGAAUGCACCCCAUAUGGCAAGCAAUCCGCGCAGAAAGCAGGACUUAGGCGACCCAAGGCGUGGAAUGCAACACAAUGGAGGGAAUCAGUCUUAUUUACAGCCAAUGAACGGACAUGUUUAUCAAGAUCUCUUGCAAAGAAAUAACCGUUCCCCCGAAUAUCAAGCACUUUAUAAUCCACGUGCUGGAAACGCAUCAAAUGGUGGCCGUUAA